CUAGACUGGCCACGCCAAGCCUGAGGUAACUGAGGUUGUUGCGGUUAUCAUGACUUCUUUGGGGUGCUGUGUUGUUGGCGGACUGCGGUGGUUGAAUUGCAUUUGCGACUGAGAGUUUGGUCUUAGAGUGCAGGAUGAGGAUGAGGUUGAAUUUAGAACGCGUCCGGUGUAUUGCGGGAGGAUGUAUUGGUGAGUGUUGAGGUUGAGAUGGGGAGGGGUGAAGUUGAGGUUUUGAAAGGAGAAGACAGGGAGUGAUGGCGGGGCGUGGAAUGGCUCUCACGCGCCCCGCAUGGAUGAAGCACGCGGAGGAAGCUAAGGUGAAGGAUGAGGAGGAGAAGGCAGCGACCGCGAGAGCAGCUUUUGAUGCCACAUUUCGGGAUGUGGAGGGGCAAGGAGGGGCGCCAGGAGGAGGUGGAGAGAUGGACUCGGAUAGCGAUGGAGAAGAGGUGGAUCAAUUGGAGAAGAAGCCGAUAGGACCUGUGGAUCCUGGGAAAUGCACGGCUGCGGGAACAGGGGUGGGGGGUGGAGCCGCUGGAGCGGCAGCGUCGUUUGUUGUGGUGAUGAAGGAUUCAGAUGGGAGGCGUAUUCCGCACGGUGGAGCGUACAUUAGGGUUAGAGUGACUCCUGGGGCAGGAGUGGGAGGGGUAGAGCAGGAUGCGGUGGUGAAGGAUCAUGCAGACGGGACGUAUACAGCGACGUACGCGGUGGCGAAGCGGGGGGAUUACAUGGUGAGCGUGGAGUGCAACGGGCAUCCUAUAUCGGGGAGUCCAUUUCCGGUCUUCUUCAGCGGGGGAAAUGUACCUCUAGGUGUCAGUAUGAUGCCCACAUCGGCUCCUAUGCUAGGGGCAUCGCCCUACAUGGGUGUAAGUCAGCAAAUAGGGCCAUUCAGUAUGCAGGGGAUGUUGCCAGCAGGGAGCACAAUGGGAGGAUUGAGUCAAAUGCCGAUGGCUCCGUCUGCUGCAGCAAUGGCUGCAGCACAGAGCAUUGCGGCAGCAAAUGCCUUUCAGGCUGCUCAAGCGGCUCAGCAGCAGCAACAACAGCAAGCAGGUCAAGACCAUGGGGAUGGGAAAGAAGAGGACGAUGAAGACAAUCAUGAGCCAAUUUGUACCCUUCACGUGACCAAUAUCAACCCUAUUUUAACCGCCGAUCAGCUGCGCCAAUUAUUCAACUAUUGUGGAACAGUUGUAGAUUGUGCUAUGUCAGAAUCUAAAACGACUGCGUAUGUGGAGUACUCAAGGCCAGAAGGUGCCAAGGCCGGGCUGUCUCUUAAUGACAUGCCAGUUGGAGGACAGAACCUGAAGGUUGAGUUGAAAAGAAAACCACGUUCUGGCAAGCAUGGUACUGGGUCUACCCUGAAUGGAAUGGGACCACCUCAAUUGCCUAUGAUGAUGCAACAAGCUGUAGUCAUGCAGCAAAUGCAAUUUCAGCAGGCCCUGUAUAUGCAGCAGGCAUUAGCCACGCAACAAGCAGCAGCUCGGGCGGCUACUGUGAAGUCUGCAGCGGAGAUGGCAUCUGCCCGAGCUGCAGAAAUAUCCAAACGACUGGCUGGUCCCAAUGAUGGUGUGGAAGUAGCUGGUGUACCCGAAACAGUUCAAACCAGUCCUAGUGCACGUUCGAAAACGAAGUCUCGGUCCAAUUCAAGAUCGCCCAUAAGGUAUCACCGUGACCGUCGCUCUCGAUCAGCUACUCCGGCUCGGCUUCGCCGUGGGCGAUCUCGGUCAAGAUACAGGGAUCGUAACCUUUAUCGGAGCAGAGAGCGCGGCUCUCGAUACAGGGGUGGACGUGAUUCAUACUCAUCGUACUAUACCAGGCGAGAUUGGGAGAGGGAGCGAGAUAAUAGAGAUCCUUAUAGCUUACGGAGUGGCCGCAGAGCCCGAAGUCGGAGUCGAAGCCGUGACCGCGUGAGGAGGAGGUCACGAACACGAUCAGGUUCACAGUCACGGUCACUCAGGGGGAAAACUCCAUCACCCAGACGAUACCGUACCUAUGAAUCACACCACAGAUCUACUACACGAAGCUCAAGACGGACGAGGUCUCGGUCGAAAGAGACUAGAAAGAGUCGCUCAAAGACUCCUCGCAGUGGAAGUGCGACCCCUGCAAGAAGAAAAGGCAGUCCGAAGGGUGGAAAGCUUGUCAGCAGUCCAGGUACUUCAAAGGACCACAUUAUGAGCCCAAAAGGAAGGGAGCGCCUCGAUUCUGUUGACGGCGUUAGGAAAGAAUUAGACAAGACCGAUCAUGUGAAAAUUGAUCAACCCAAGAGAGAUUCAUCUGCAAAAGAUGUUGUCGUGGGAAAUGGAAGAGUAGCUAAUAAAGGUACAGCAGUCGAUGAGGUUUUGAUGGAGAUCAAGUCCUCUUUAAAUACAAAACUGGAUACUGCAACUAUCCUGAAAGACCUUGAAGACAAAAGAAGGCAACAAUUAAGUAGCUUUGAUGGCUCUAAGAACGCUGUUUCUGGAAGUGCACCUUCACCAGAAGCUGCUGUAGGAUCUGAUGUUAAGGAUUUCAAAAAGCCAUUGAAGAAGUGCUGCAAAGAGAGUACAUCAACAGGUGACGAUGUUAGUGAGGAAGAAGAAACAGAGCUAAUUGAUGAUUGGCGAGAUGACUUUAAAUCUCAGGGACGAGAAAAAAAUAAGAAUAAGGUUAAAAAGGAAAGAGUCACCGUCAAAAAGAGCAAGGUCGAAGAGGAGAGGGAGGUGCAGAAUGGUAAAGGGUGUGAUUCUAUCAGAGACGCCAAGAUCGUUAAAAAAGUUGCAGAAUUUCAGGGAAAGGAGGUCAAGGGCACUAGACAAGCUCAGAACGGUGUUGAGAGCAACGACCACGGACGUUGGGGUACAAGAGACAUGGACAGUGACUUCGAUAUUGCUGACAUGCAGGUUGAAGGACCACCAAAGCGUGUCCUGUCUCCUCCGGAGAGAGUGAAAGACCCUGUAAGCAAUUUGGUCGAUGUUGCAAGAGUCGUUGAGAAUUUCACAGUUUCUACUGCUCAGAUCAUAGAUGAGAAAAUGAAGGGGAAGAUGAUUGGACCAGAUAUGAUUACCGAAAAACUCGUCUGCACAGACGUUAGGGAGGAGAUAUUUGUUCAGAAAUCGAGAGAUGAAAAUUCAUUUUUAGUGGAGAAUGUGAAACAGAUAAACGAUCCGAGAAAAGUGGAUGUAAGAUUGAAGGAAUCUAAAACGAUUGAUGAGGAAAAUGAAGUUAACACUGUUACGAUAUCUCGAAAGAAAUUACGAAAGGCUGGAGAUGAUGAUGACAAAGACAAGAAACGUAGGAGAAAAUCUCAAGAAGUGGACGACGAUCAAGAUCAAGAUCCUCGUCGAGAACGUCAUCGGCGUCAUCAGAAGAAACACCGUCAUGAAGUUGAUGUAGAUGUAGAAAUAGCUGAAGAUGAGGACGAGGAAGAGGGUGCAGACCAACGGAAGGAACGGCGGCGGCACAAGAAGAAGCGUAGGAAAGAUGACUCUGAGAAACGGGAAAAGAAGCGCCGUAAACAUAAACACCACCGAAGGAAACGAUCUCCAUCAGAGUCCCCGGAAUUAUCACCAUCUGGUGGAGGUAAGAGUAACCGUGGUGAUGAUGAAACUACAACAAAGCAUAAGCACUACCGUUCAAGAAAGUCGUCGGAGAAAUCACUUUCAGUGGAUGCAGACAAGGGUACAGUGGAAUCUGAUGAAGGGGUCGCGAGAAAGAAGUCUUCGAGUAGACACAAGAAGAAACGAAAAGAACUCUCCAAGUCGCCUUCAGAGAGCUUCAGCUCCAGCGAAUAAGGGACUGUAUGUUAGUGAGCCAUUUUUGUGUUAGCAGAUCUUAGUAUAUGAAUCACUAGUCAGAGCUAUUAAAGUAGAUUGCUGGUAGGUUUGGAUACACUGCUUUAUUUCGUGUGUCUGUAUAAACUUGAUCGAAGACGCUGGUGGAAUAAAUGUGGCCCAUGCAGGCGAACUUUGAAGUUGACAAGGAAAUGGAGCGGUGUUCAAGACUUCAGUUGGUGAAGGCACUUCAGUACGUGAUCCUCUGGGUGGGGCUGGGGGGAAUGGUUAAAGUUGGUUGGUCAUUUGUCCUCUCUUGACGUGCUUGUAUGCAGUAUGGACGGACAUGGCAAUGAAGCAGGCCGCCUUUGUAACUGUCUUUUGGCUCCACGACGGCAUUUUCUAUCGACGUACCCUGGCUCGUAUCAACCAUUGUAGGUAGCUCUGGACUGGCCAAUUCACCUUACGCAGAGGUUAUGGUUCUGUUGACACUAUGUACUCUUUUCAUCAUUUCCAAGAAAUCAUCUUGGUUUUCAAAAGUGCCUGUGGUAACUGUGGUAUCUGAGCGUGUUGUGCACACAAUAUGCAGAAGUCAGUUUGACUUAAAUGCUGCAGACGUUGGUUCUUAGCUUUCUUUCUUUCUUUCUUUCUAGCUCUAUCUCUUCUUCCUUAUUUAUCGUUUAUUUUUAAUGAUAGCCCUUCAACCUCCCUUUCCCUCCUUGAGCAAAAUCGUCAGUCUUCAGGAGAGAUUGUAGUGGUGACUGUGAGGUACGCCAGCUAGGUAGCACUGUUGUUAAGUGUUCUGAAAAGCAAGUGCAUUGUCAAGCACUUGCUUUUUCUAGGGGCUAGUCCUUGACAGGAUGUGAACGCUUGUGGGCUUUUGGGGUUUGGCUGGGAGGUACUUGGGCACGGGCUCGGUUUGUCCGUCUUUAUCGCAGCUGAGCACACCAUAUCUUAGGUGAAGCCUGUAAGUUUUUUGAAUUUUUUUGCGCAGGUCCAGCAUUGACUGUGAAUAUUGUAUCUGUAUGUUAGUGUGCUGCCAUAUUCUUAGAUGAGUUUUUAAGAUGUCUCUGAGGCUAUUGCACCCUGUUAUGCAUUGCUUUUCCUUUGUAGUUAUAGUAUGUACCGCAUGGUUUGAGAUCCGCUUCAAUCCUGGGAAAAUGGUGGGAGGGCUGGGUUGGGAUGGUGGGUUGGGAGGAGUGCAUGCGCAUGCUUUCAGGACUAAAAAUGCUGCAGCAGUGGCACGUGUCUCACAAGCUCUGCUUUAGCUUUUCUUCACUCAGCUACAAAUCUUGUUUCUGCAAAGGUAAGGAUUGGCUGAUAGGUAUGGAAAAUGGUUAGGGGACCCUGUCUUUCCUUGCAGGAGAAUGCCAACGUGGAGUUGAAGAUCUUUUCCCAGGUUCUGCAGGAUCUCGUUGUUUUCCAUUUUAUUACUCGUACCUGGAAAUCUCUAACCCUCUAGUUUAAUUACCUCCGUGUCGAUUCUAAAUGGUGUUCAGAAUCUGAGUUUCUAGAACACGACCUAGUUAACAGGUUGAUUAUUACCGUAACAAUUGUGGCACGACUGCAUAAAAUAGUGUAGUGCCACAUAUCAGUAGAGGUGGUAAGUCGGAAGUCGUAAGCAAGUGCUUCAGGUCAUUUGCCUCAGUUAUGUAGAAUUUGUUGCCUUACAUGGUCGACAUCUUUCACAGCAAGUGCUGCACACUCGCUUCGUUAUGAAGAUCUGUACGACUUUGAUUUAUAGUACAUUAAUCAAAUAGCAUUGGUAAUUUCGUCUUA